AUGCUGAGCUAUUUGAUAGGGUUGGACUCUCUGGAGUCAAUCACCAGAACCGCAGCACCAGAGACCGCUCCCGAACCAGAAAGAAAAGCGAUACCCCGCCUGAGGCGCGCCGUUGCCGAUCAAAUAGCGCUCCUUCAUAGGCUGUCGAACACGAUUCGAAGAGCAAGCAGCGAGACGCAAAAUGCCAAAGUGUCCAUGGCGUCUCCAAUUCAGGAUGAGGAGGGCAACGAUGUGGAAGCGUGCCUGGAGGUUGUGUUUGCAAAUUACAUCCGCGAUAAGUUCUGCAACAUGGACACGAAACUCAUGGGGCGAAUGGUCACCGCUAUGAUACUCCGCCGAAAACGAAUCUCAUAUAAGGCAUCUCGCUUCAACCAUGGUGCGUUGAAAAUCACACCAGCAACCACUCUACCGAAAGCGAUAACGCCGCCCACCGCGCCGAUGAAUCCAGCUCAACAGACAGAGAAAUCACAGACUGAGAAACCACAGACGGAGAAAUCCGAUACGAGGAAAUUACAGACCGAGAGAUCACAGACUGGAUUCAGCGCAACCACGUUAGCGGUCGAAAAAUUUAGAAGGGCAUCUGCCUCUUCCGCAGUUUCCGCGGCGAAGACAAUAGCACUGAGCAGCCACGAAGAACUACCAUUCCCGGCGGCACCUCUUGGGCGAGUGAGACAGAGAUACAAAAAAAUGCGAAAAGCGCGAGAGGAAGAGUACAGAAUCCACCUCCAGUAUUUGUCCGACAAAUUCGACGUCCAACAAUCACCUACCGCCAUUGAUGACUUGAAAAACAAGGCUAAAGCGGAUUUGAAGCAAGACUUACAUAAAUACUGGGAUUCAUGCGUCGAAGCGACUGGAGAAAUAACAUGCCCAUUCUGCUUCUAUGCUAUUCCGGCACGGGAGAUGCAGAAUGAAGCAAAGUGGAAGUAA